AUGGCGAACAGGAAUUUUAAAAUAAUGCCAAAAUGUGUGUCUUCUGAUUCGUCGGCCACAUACUAUCUGUCGGCGGAGCAGCUUCAGUUCUACAACGACAAUGGCUACCUGGUCAUCAAGAAACUCAUUGGAAUUCCAGCUCUAAAUAGUUACAGGCAACGUUUCACGGAUGUGUGUGAAGGUCGUGUGGAGAAAGGUCGUGUUACCGUCAUGAAGGAUCGAGCUCUGUGCAAGAACCAGACCAAAGCUGAGGAUUUCAUCAAUAAGAUCCAGGAGUUACUCUACGACGAGGUAUACAGCACUUACUCCGAGGAUCCUCGCCUGCUGCACAUAGUGUCGCAGCUGAUAGGAGAGGACAUCACCGCCGUCAACUCUAUGCUCAUUAACAAACCACCUGGGACUCGCGAACAUCCACCACAUCAGGACCUGUUAUACUUCCCGUUCCGUCCAGCAGACAAGAUAAUAGCGACGUGGACUGCCAUCGACCCGGUGACCAGAGACAACGGCUGCCUCUAUAUGGUGCCCGGCUCACACAAACAAAAUAUCUUGCAUGAACAUAAAGAUCAAGUUGACGAAGCCAAGCUGUUUUAUUACACCAUCGUGGAGGACAAGCUAUUAGCACCUGAGCACAAACGAGUCUACCUUGAUAUGGAACCAGGAGACACCGCCUUCUUCGUGUCUACCAUCGUGCACGGGUCCAGGCCUAAUAUCUCUAAUUCAUACCGCAAGGCGAUGACCUGUCACUACGCGAGCAGUAAGUGUCACUAUAUUGACGUGGCCGGCACUCCGCAACAAGGUAUCGCAGCACACAUGGAGGCAGAGCUCAAGAGGCGAGGCGGAGACCUUAGCUAUGUUGUGAUUUCCAAGUGCACUGGUAAGCCAAACAACGCAUGCGCACAUGCCGCUACUCAAACUACGUGCUGUGGUUAG